GGAGUUCCGCUUCCGGUGCCGUAUUUUACUAUUUCAUCGUGGGCUUGUGCUGCGGUAAGAGUGUACAGCACUGAUCUGUACCUUCACUCGGGCUCACUGAGGCCCGCCUGCACGCCGCUGUGUCUGCGUUGCUUUCUUGGCGUUUGUCUUCACCGAGCGCCAGGACGACAAGGCGUGAAUAACCUUCUCCCCCCACCCCUCCCCCGGAACCGGCUCCGAUGGCGAGAAACACGCUUUCAUCGCGGUUCCGACGAGUCGACAUCGACGAAUAUGACGAAAACAAGUUCGUGGACGAUCAGGAGGAGGCGGCGGAAAACCAAGGGCCGGACGCCGCCGAGGUCGACGACCUUAUUCGACAAGGAGACAUGAUGACUGCAUUUCACACUGCACUAAGGAACCCGCCCAUCAACACCAAGAAUGCCGCUGUGAAGGAGAAGGCUCAGGCGACGGUGCUCAGGGUCCUCACCUCGUUCAGGAGCAGCGAGAUCGAGACAGCUGUCCGCUCCUUGGACAGGAACGGCGUGGACUUAUUGAUGAAGUACAUCUACAGGGGAUUCGAGAAGCCCACGGAAAACAGCAGCGUCAUGCUGCUGCAGUGGCAUGAAAAGGCUUUUGCAGUGGGUGGCUUAGGAUCCAUCGUGCGAGUUCUCACUGCACGAAAGACCGUUUAAAAGACUGUCCCUCACCAAAGAAGAGGAUGAAGGCAAGCAGUCUGUGGACGGACUUUUCCCCAGACAGUUACUGACGAUCUUAGGAACACUAAAACAACGGAAGUGUUAUUUUAAGUGUUGGGGUCGCAUUGUGCCUGUUACCAAGUUUGUGAGGGGCAUUUAUUCUUCUAUUUAAUAUACAUGACUUUAUAACAUAUGUUGUCUUGCAUAUAUUCACAUUCCUGUUCAGUUUGUUUUUUAAUUUGGAAGACCUUGAAUUUCAAAAAUUGAAAAAGGGUUUAUCUAUAAAAAUGAGAUGUUCCGUAGUACAGGAGGAAAUAUAUACGGUUUGGUGUGAUGAGUGGUGCCCUGUUCUCACUCAGCUGGCCCUCUAUUGAGGUUUUACUCAUUUCCCUCAUGUUUGUACAGAAAGCAGACAUUUAAUAUAAAGCAGUGAUGGUUUGGGGUCUUCCAUGCUGGGGUCAAAGGCGUCUUUGUAAAGUGCCUGUUGAAAUAAAGCUUAUGGAGCACAACUUUUUUAAUGUUACAGAA